CGGGGGCCGAUGAUCUGAUGAUCGAUCCUGGAGUCAAUCAUCCGAGCGGACGAAACUCGCAACGACGCGCUUUGCAGUCAGAUACAAGAGCAGCCUGCAGACCUCUUGAAACCUGAAAUUCUAUACCACAAGACAGCUGUAUAUCGCCAUCCCAGAACAUCAGCAGCACGCAGUCUGUCUCCACGAUGGCCUCGACUACGCAGACCCCACACGCAUCCCACGCGGGCGAGUCGACAGUCGGCCAGCCAGACAACUCUGUCAGCUGCUAUCGGAAGGUUAUCGGCCGACUGGGCUCACUGGGACGACGCGACAACCGUCCUAAGCGCGUCUUUGCGCCCGUCCCAAAGACUUCACAAGGCCGCCUCGAUGCCUCCCUGCACGAUGCGCCGCUCGAUGCGAGCGCGAUAACCCCGUCGGACGUCUCGGCAGCGAGAGAGAAGGGAAAAACGGUGCUGUAUCUCGCAUACGGCUCCAACCUAUGCAACGAGACCUUUAGAGGCGUGCGCGGCAUCAAGCCCCUCUCCCAAGUCAACGUCCUCGUCCCCUCCCUCCGCCUCACCUUCGACCUGGCCGGUAUCCCCUACGCCGAGCCCUGCUUCGCCAACAGCGCGCGCCGAACCCCCUCCGCGCCCGCUCCCUCCCCCGACGAACCGCACUACCACAAAGACCGCUGGCAAAAGGGCCUCGUCGGCGUCGUCUAUGAAGUCAGCCUCUCCGACUACGCGCACAUCAUCGCGACCGAAGGCGGCGGCGCUUCCUACCACGACAUCCUCAUCGACUGCCACGUGCUCCCCGCCGCGCCCACCGUGCCCUCGCACCCCACAACCGCCCCGUUCAAAGCGCACACGCUCUUCGCGCCCGCCGUUCGCCCAGCUGAAGCGCGCGCUGCAGACCGCAUUGCUCGGCCUGACCCCAGCUAUGCACAACCCUCAGCGCGGUACUUGAAGCUCAUCACCGACGGCGCCGCGGAGUGCGAGCUACCUGCCGAGUACCAAGAGUACCUGCACAAUAUCCGGCCGUAUACUAUCACCACAAGGAAGCAGUUAGUGGGCAAGGCGCUGUUUAUGGCGAUAUGGACGCCCUUCAUUCUUAUGGUCUUCACGAUGAGUAGGAGACUGCAGGAUGAUAAGGGCAGGGCGCCGAAGUGGUUUGCGAGGUUGGCCGCAAUGAUAUUUGCGGGCAUGUGGGCGAGUUAUGAUGGCGUGUUCAGGGAGACGUUCGGCGACGGUGAACGGACGAUUGGUGAUAGGAUGGAUGGGUUGAGGAUGGAGAGGCCGUACAACGAUGAAGGGGUGUCUAGUGACAGGGAUGCGGAGAAGGACAGUCUGCUCGAGGACGCGGUCGCGACGCUGGACGAUUUGGCUGGGCAAGAGAAGGCUGAGGUGAAGACAGGAGAUCUGCUUGUUUGAGGCACGAGCAUCAGUUAAUCCGUUGACCACAGCAGCACGCAGCGGCCGUGACACUGUGCGCGACGUCCAUAUUGAGCAAUCUUACGAUCCUAUCACCA